CGUGUCGCGCGCCGUCACGGCUGCCAACCAGUGGCAAGAUCCUCGAAUAAAGACCCUUUUCUAGGACUUGAUGUUAUACAACGAGGGGUCGGGAACUCUAGAGAGCACAAGUCCCUUGAAAAAAUGAGUGAGAAUUUUUACAAGUUCGGAUAUACCUUCCGAUUGAAGGUGUUCACAACUCCCAUCAUCGCCACUAUCGAGCCAGAGAAUAUCAAGUCCAUCCUAGCGAUCAAUUUCAAAGACUAUGGAGUCAACCAUCGCUUGAAAGUACUCGAGCCUCUUUUAGGCAGAGGCAUUUUCGACACAAAUGGCGACCAUUGGGCCAUAUCUCGAGCCCUGAUCCGGCCCAACUUUUCCCGCGAUCAGGUGGCAGACCUAGCCAUGUUUGAGAAAUUGAUCCCAGAUUUAUUCGCAUUGAUACCUCGUGACGGAAAGACUGUAGAUCUACAAAAGAUUUUCUUUCGCUACACUACAGAUUCUGCCACCGAAUUCUUAUUCGGAGAAUCGGUCGGAACUCUUAAAAAGCCGCAGCCGGAGUUUGGUUUCAGCUAUGCUUUUGACUAUUCUUUGAAGAGUAUUAUUCAUAAGAUUAGACUGGGGCCACUAGGCCUGCUUUACUAUGACCCGAAAGCAAAGAAAUGCAAUAAGAUUUGUCGUGAGUUUGCACAGCAGUUUGUCGACAAGGCAGUUCUCACAGUCGAAUCCCACAAAAACAAAGACCAAGAAGACUCCAAGGCGAACGGCCAGAGAUAUGUAUUCCUCCAUGAACUGGCAUCACGUACAUCUGACAAGCGCCGUAUCUUGGAUGAGGUCAUGAACGUGUUUGUCGCUGGACGUGAUACCACGGCCAGUCUUCUGAGUAAUAUGUUUUUUGUACUGGCUAAGCGUCCAGAGAUAUGGGCAAAGCUCCGUACGGAGGUCUCUAGUCUCAAUGGCCGAUUGCCUACCUACAAUGAACUGCGGAACCUGAAAUAUGUCAGAUAUUGCUUGAAUGAGUCGUUACGUACCCAUCCCGUUGUACCGACGAACGACCGUAUCACUCUGCGAGACUCUAUCCUUCCGAUGGGAGGAGGUGAAGACGGUAACUCUCCGGUCUUUGUGCCAAAGGGAACAAUAGUAGGCUAUAAUAUAUACGCAAUGCACCGGCGGAAAGACUUCUACGGGCCAGAUGCAGAAGUAUUCCGUCCAGAGCGCUGGGAAGAUGGGCAACUUCAACCUCGCUGGGAGUAUUUACCCUUUAACGGUGGACCACGAAUCUGCAUAGGCCAACAGUAUGCAUUAAUCGAAGCAGCCUACGUUACCGUCCGUAUGGCCCAAGAGUUCAAGACUUUGGAGAGCCGAGACCCAGGACCCUGGGUAGAGUCGUUGACACUGACGAUAUGCUCCUUGAAUGGGACAAAGGUGAGCGUUAUACCCGCGUAG